UGACACGUUAUUGCCGCCAAAAAGGUCCGAUAUGCAGGCGUGGCACGAGAGUACGAGACAUGAGCUGACAAGGGAUAAACAACGGACUGGGCAGUUGUAUCAUAAUCCUCCAAGAACUUGGGACGACGACGUACGCGAUCUCCGCGUCGAAGUGGGACAGACUGGUCCAGCAGAGGAGCCUCGGGGACAACGGGCUGUGCUGGAGACGAUGAUGUACGGGGGGAUUCCAGGCCGGGCUGUUGGACUGGGGACGAAGGGGAAGACUAUGGGCCAGGAGAAACCGGGCCGGACUGACUUGUGGACUGAGGAUCAGGGCCAUGUGAAGGCGAACUGGGGGACGCGGGCGCAAGGCUGCCAAUAGGUGAGGUGGGCUUGGGCCCAACGAACAAAGGAUCUGGGCCACUAUGAGGGUUUGGACCCAGAUGCCGAUCGGGAGGAGUCAUGGACGAGGGCUCCGCUGGGACCGGAAACGCAAAACUUUCUGGAGGUAUCCAAUGGAGACUUUGCUGAUCCGGUGAACGAAAGGGGAAAUGUUCCUCAACGAACAAAAUGUCCUGCGAGACAAAAAUCUUCUGCGUGACAAGAUCAUACAACUUAUAUCCCUUUUGGUCAGCGGGAUAACCCAAGAAAACGCAUGCUCUGCCUCGGUCGGCGAACUUGUGAAGACCACGAUGAGUAUCCUUCGGGUAAACAAGACAACCAAAUACGCGAAGGUGACAGUAAGGUGCGGGCUUACCAAAGAGAGCUUCAAAAGGAGUUUUACCGAUUGCGGACGUAGGAAGCCGAUUUAACAAAUAGACUGCUGUCAACACACACUCUCCCCAAAACUGGAUUGGUAAGCCGACAUGAAAACGGAGUGCUCGUGCCGUAUCAAGUAUGUGUCGAUGCUUCCGUUCGACAACUCCAUUUUGCUGAGGAGUGUCGGUACAACUGGUCUGAAAAUGAAUCCCCUGCUGAACAUAAUAAUCACGAAGGACCGUG